AUGGCGGGCUGCCGCAGCGCUCUCAAGGCGGGCGCCCGCAGCAUGGCCUCCCUCAUCAGCCCCCGGGCUUCCUCUCCUUUGGCUACCAGGGUUGCUGUCGUGCUGGGAAGAAACUUCUCAGUGGCAGAAGCGCAGCUUGGGAUUACAGAUGCUGUACAAAUUCUUGGACUGACAGACCCAAGACUCUGCUACUUACUGGAUGGAUUCCUCUUCAUUUAUGCCGUCAUCGUGACAGCCCUUUUUGUGAAAGCAAAGCUUAGCCAAGCCUCUGAACCACAGCUGCAACCAGGCCAGGAUGAUGUCUAUAACAAACUGUCUCGUGGACACAGAGAUGAAUAUGACGUUCUGGGGGCAAAGCGAGGUGCAGACCCUGAGCUGGGCGGGAGACACCAGCAGAGAAGAAAGAAUCCUCAGGACAUUAUCUACACUUCGCUGCAGAAGGACAAGAUGGGCGAGGCAUACAGUGAAAUUGGAAUGAAGGGAGAGCAGCAGAGGCGGCGAGGCAAAGGGAACGAAGGUGUCUACCAGGGCCUCAGUACAGCAACCAAGGACACUUAUGAUGCUCUCCAAAUGCAGCCGUUGCCCCCCCGCUAA